ACUCGGUGCUCUCACACCCGCUCGGGCCGGCCUCCUCCUGGAGCGGCCCCUCCGCCUCGCGCUCCAACGCCAGCAUACAGGAUCUGUGCGGCCCGCAGCUGCCACCCGCCACCAGCCAGCACUUCAAGAACAGUCGGUUCAGGGAGAACCUGGCGAUCGUGGGCAGCGCGAUGUACGCCACAUUUCUGGUGAUGAUCGGCCUGAUGGCGUUCGUCGCUGACAUCGCCGCGCCGGACCUGGGAAUCGCUGAGAUAUAUACAUGUGCCCAGUCAGUGAUCGGUCUGGUGUGGCUGAUUGUCCUCCACGUCCACGUCAAAAUGUACAUGUCUCGGCUGGCGAAGGUGGCCAAAUCCACGCAGGAGGGGCUAGGCGCGCUGGAGCGUCAGCUGAUUCUGGAGCCGACCGAGGUGGAGGGCGAGUACCGGGUGAGGAUGCCGUUCAAGCAGGCCAGCUCGGAGAUGAUCAAGUGCCAGUACAGUUUCAGCGUUGGCCGCCACUCGGGCAGUUUCUACCUCAAGAUUGGCGCCUCGUUUUUCUGCUUCGGGCACUUGGUGCAUCUGCUGCUGAUGCUGAUUCGUCACAUUAACAACAUGGUGGAACACGGGGACGAGUGCAUGGACAUUCCAACGCUGCUGCUCUACUCCGUUCAGCCCGUGUUCUCCUUCUUCCAGCUGUACGUCACCUUCAAAUACUCCAACAUCGUGAUCAACCACCAGCAGACGUCAGCCCGGUUCGGGUUCAUGCACUGCAUCGCCAGCAGUCUGAACAUGUGGAUCUGGAGCAUAGUGAAGGAGACCGUGGACGCCGUCACCGAGCACAACGCAGAACAUUCAGGCGACCACCACUUCAACAGCACCAACUGUACAGAGUGUACCGUGACGAUCGCGCUGGAGGAUACGCAGUUAGCGUACCAGAAGUGCGCGUUCAACGACAGCAUAUCGGAGACGGUCACCAGCCUGUCCGGCUACCUCUACCCACUCACCAUCGAAUUCAACAUUCUGAUUGUUGGCGUGUGGUUUAUCAUCUGGCAGAACAUCGGCAACACCAAGAUCGGUCAGUACCUGACGGGAGACAUGGCCCAUGUGGAGGGAGCUACCAACCAGGCAAAGCUUCAAGUCGACUGCAGCAGAGCCAAUCGCGGACUGCUUGGAGGCUUGCUCGUCUUUGUGGUCACUGUCGUUGAUAUCAUCCUUUUCUUCUCGAUGAAUGAAGAGGAUGGUUCCGCAGGCGCCGCGGCGUUGUACAUCAGCCAGGGGAGCGAGGUGUUCCUGACAGCGCUCAUGACAGUGCUCUGCCUGCUAGCGUACAACAAGCUCACCUGCCUGGACAUCAAUAUCCAUCCAAUCUCCUUCCUCGACGACCUGCUCCUCUUUGUAUGCUUGCCGGCCUUCUUCCUGUACGGCAUCAUCAUACUGCUGCCGGCGCUGUUCCCGCCUGCGGGGGAUCGGUCCCACGCGCUCGACGUAAUGGUGCCAAUUCUCCUGGUGAGCGAGGUGGUGAUCCAGACACCGUUUCUGAUGGACAGCCUGCGUCGCUGUAGCAACACAGAGGAGCUGCGCGUCGCCAAGCCAGGUCGCGAGUACGUGACAGUACUGCUCUUCAGCAACCUGGCCAUGUGGCUGCUGCAGACGCUGGAGAACCAGGCCAGCCAGGAUACGCUGGGCGUCCACUUCUACGGCAACUUCACCUGGACGCUGCUGCGGCACGCCACAACACCGCUCUGCCUUUUCUACCGCUUCCACUCGUCCGUCUGCCUCGCCGACGUCUGGAAGUCAGCUUACGAGCCUGGCAGCUAGCCGCCGGGCCAUGCGGGACACUGUCGAUAGCACGCAGGCCGGCGGCACAGGCCAGCUGCCUGCGGGGCUGGGGAGCCCGAGACACAGCCGGAGGGCUCUCCGUCGUCUGGCCGCAGACCAGUCGCAGGUAGCCGAGGCGGUCGGACGACGGUCCGGCACGGCGGUCAGCUAACUGGCCUGUUUGGCGACAGUUGGGCGGCGGAUAGGCCGACAUCCUCUGCGUGGGUCUGGCGGCGGACCCAGUAUGCCACGUACGUAGCAGAAGCGUGUAUAGACGUGAUUUCCAGGCAGGCGAGCAGCGAAGCCGCUCCCCUGCUGCGGACCCCAGCGAGAUGGGAGUGAUCGUGAACGACCUAGUCAGGCCAGCUCUGUGUCAGACGCGCUGGGCUCCUGCUAAAGGGCAGACAGAUUCCAGGAAUCUGACUGGCUCAUCAAGUGCCUCAAUCAAGAAUUUAACAUGCAUGUGGGAAAUGGCGCGCUGAAGUGUUUGUCGCUGAUAUGCGUCAUUUGAACGACGCUUGUUCCCCCGUUUUUGACAGCGGCGGCGGCGCCUGCAGCUACCGGUGCUCCGUCUUCACGAGCGUCCUGUUUAAGCUGUUCGGGGAGUACCAAUGUGAUGAGGGUGCCGCACAGGCCUGGGAUGGGUAGGACGUUACGUCAACACGUGCUGCUGCAAGGGCACCAAGCUACUCGUAAAUUCGUGCCCAAUUUACGCAAAGGACGUUCACGGCAGGGGUGCUUGAAUGGUAGAUGUGAUUGUGAUUACCGAACGUGGGUCAUGCCAUGCGCGAUCUGACCGGACCGGGCAUGUAAUCGCUGAUGAUUCUCAUCCUGAGCCAGCAGAGGUUGUACGCUGGAGUUGGUGGUCUGUGUGUGAGCGUGAAUUGCACGGGGCUCGUGGAGGCCGGCUGUCCUGGAUGAGUGUUGUCAUCCACAAGGGAUAACGCGUUGGACUGCUUUAGUGAACCGCGAUCGCAGGAGGUUAAAAACAGCUCUCUGCUUUGCUGUGAUUAUUUCCGAAACGUUACAAGUAGGCCCAUCGAAUUCUCUACCGCUGUCAUAUAAUCAAGGUGACAUAUUGGAAUUGUGGAAAUCUUCCAAUGUUAUGUCAGGUCAUGGAGCUACGACAUCAUCAAGAAAGACAGACCACACCAGGCCCCUUAAGCUAGGUCAUAUUGGGUCAAAUCGUGAGGACCGUCCAGCCAGUACCUUCCAGCCAACCUUUGGCAGUUAUUGGGUACAAGCCACACAUUUUCAAACCAAUAUAACUAAGUAUAUCAACCAGAAAAGCAGAGAAUAU